AUGGCAGUCAAACAAUGGAAGCAUAGCAAGGAAUUGAUUAAAGACAUUAAAACUAAACAGGAUAGAUACGUCACAAAGUAUAAGAAAGAGAUAUGCAAUUCAAAUCCUCGUGAUUUAAUUAUAAUCCAAGAUUUCUAUUCACUGGCUAUAAAAUAUACGUGGAAUUUCCAUGAGGCGGGACAUGGGAAAGGGGCACCUGAUGGAAUUGGAGCUACAUGCAAACGCUCUGCAGACCAACUCAUAGCUCAGAGAGAUGACAUUACGAACUUGUACGACUUUGUAGCUGUGCUUCGAGAAAGGUGUCCAAAUAUAAAUAUCUCUGUUAUCGAAGAUGUCGACAUAGAAAAAUUUAACAAAAUGAUCAAGGAACAUGAGAAAGAGCAGAAACCGUUUAAAGGAACUCUCUUGGUGCAUCAAGUCUCGGGUCAUAUUUAUAAACCUAAUAAACUUUUCUUGAAGUCACUAAGUUGCUUCUGUGAUAAUGACGGUUGUGAUCAUUAUAGGUUGGGGACUAUUACGUACCAAACCAAUACACAGCGGCUUCAAGUUUCAGAUAUUUUCACAGAUUCUGAAGGACUAUUAGUUUGUAAGUAUUAA